UCCAGAGCUUCGGACGCCGCUGGUUCCUGUUGAGUCCCGAUUCUCUGCAUCUUAGCAUGGGCGGCUGGUCGGUUUGCAGAUAAACAGCGACUGAGUGGCACCAGUGAUGGGGCCUCAAAGGAUUCGGUUGCCCUGGGCGCACUGCCAGGACAGCAGAUCACCUGGUCCGGAACAGGACAGAGAGAAGCGCUGGGCUGAGCUGUUCGAUGAGCUGGAUCUCAACAAAGAUGGACGCAUCGACAUCCUUGAACUGCGGAUAGGGCUGGCAGGCCGAGGGAUAUCUAGAGCCUCCUUGCAGAGGUUGGUGGACGCAGGGGACACCAACCAGGAUGGAGUACUGGACUUUGAAGAAUUCACCCAGUAUCUUCGCAUGCAUGAAAAAGAGCUCAAAAUUAUGUUUCGCAGCCUGGACAAGAACAACGAUGGUGAGAUUGAUGCAGCAGAGAUCCAGCACUCUCUACGUGCCAUCGGUGUGAACAUUAGUCUCGAGGCUGCUACCAGGAUUUUACAAAGUAUUGACAAGGAUGGUACCAUGACCAUUGACUGGACUGAGUGGCGUGACUACUUCCUGUUUAACCCCCUCACUAACAUGGAGGAUGUGGCACGCUACUGGAAACGUUCAAUGAUGUUGGAUACCGGUGAGCAGCUGACAAUCCCAGAUGAAUUCUCAGAGGAGGAGAAGAAGUCUGGCUAUGUGUGGCGGCAGCUAAUGGCCGGAGCCUUGGCUGGAUCUGUAUCUCGGACUGGAACUGCCCCCUUAGACCGCCUCAAAGUUUUUCGGCAGGUUCAUGGUUCGUCUACUUUUAAAGGGAACGUGCUGAGCGGUUUUCAGUACAUGGUCAAAGAGGGAGGGGUGCGGUCAUUGUGGAGGGGAAAUGGAAUCAAUGUGCUUAAAAUUGCCCCUGAGACUGCUAUCAAGUUUACAGCUUAUGAAAAGAUCAAGUAUAUGAUGCGUGACAAUCAUGAUUCAAAAAGUCUGAGGAUUCAUGAGAGGUUUGUUGCCGGAUCCUUGGCUGGGGCGAUAGCUCAGACAGCCAUCUACCCAAUGGAGGUACUGAAGACUCGUCUCACACUAAGGAAAACGGGCCAAUACUCAGGAAUAAUAGACUGUGCCAAGCAGAUCCUGCAGAGGGAAGGGGUCAUGGCUUUCUAUAAGGGCUAUGUACCCAACUUGUUGGGUAUCGUCCCUUACGCUGGUAUCGACCUGGCUGUCUAUGAGACUCUGAAGUUUUCCUGGCUGAACAGGAACAAAGGUUUAGCCGACCCAGGGGUGAUGGUGCUGGUUGGCUGCGGUGCCAUCUCCAGCACCUGUGGACAGCUGGCAAGUUACCCACUGGCGCUGAUCCGCACCCGAAUGCAAGCACAAGCUUUAGAAAAGGGAGCCCCUAUGCCAUCUUGGUGGGCCUUGAUUCACAACAUUGUGUCUAAGGAGGGAGUGUUCGGACUUUAUAGAGGAAUUUCCCCCAACUUGCUUAAAGUCAUCCCUGCUGUCAGCGUGUCAUACGUCGCCUACGAAUACACAAGGAUCGUCCUGGGAGUGGACGUUGAGGGUAGGAGGGGAGAGAGAGGGAAACGGUAGCAAAAAGGAUGGACGGUUUGGUGUGGCUUUUAACAACAAGCAUGCACAGAUCUGUUGGCAGUGCAUGAGGAAACGGGCCUCGACUGUGGAUGAAUACAUGGUCCUGUGAUCGUAAGUCCUGAGUUUUCAGAAUGAAGAUAAUGGAAUGGACAAUAAACCAUGGAGGGAAAGGAGAAAACGUUAUUGUGAAAACCUCACAUUUGGAUGACCUCACCUGACUUGGCAGCUGCUGUGAAGAGUUUCACAUGUGAUGUAUUGCAUUACAAUGCAUGUGUGAAAGCUAACCAACUAGUCUCCUGCUACUGCAUUUACUUGAACAGAUGAAGACUUGCAUGAACUUGCCUGAGAAGCAACAGGUAAAAGGUGAAAGCAAACUUGGAAGCCAUGUUACAUCCCUGACGCAAGGGGAUUAUAUAACUUUGUUUUCCCUCACAGGUGAAAUGUAGAGAAGAUAGAGGACUGAUCAAUUUCCUGUUCUCUAAGUGAGGCAAUCAUGACGUCGCUGCGCAACGGUGGAGUUACAGAGUGACAUGUCUUCAGAAAAUGUUACAAAUACUAAAGUACAGGAAUAAUGAUCAAACAACAGACAAUUGCUGAACGUAACUCUUGGAUAAUGACUGAAAUGGUGGAUGGUGAAAAGAAUAAUAGGCACUGUCAAUCAUCUCUUUCCUGGAAGGGUUAUUACUGAGUAUAGCACACCAAAGGAGUUCAUAUUUAUACAGGCUGCCAAAGCCAUGUCUAGACGCACAAAAGGCUCAUUUUCAUGAGCGUUGCUGAGAAGAGUGUUUGUGUUAUCUUUUAAAAACACUACAGUGUCCAGUGCCACAUAGCCUUUACAUUAUCAUAAUAUAUGUGCACAAUGUACAGGUUUAACACUAUGAGUUCACUUGAUCUGUAUCAAGAAACAACAAGAAAUAUGAGAUUUAAUGCCAGUGAACAUUUGUGAUGUUUCAGUAUUUAUUAAGGGAGCUUGCUAAUAAAUGGAUGUAUGGUGCUACUUUUGCUAAAUAAAUGCAACUGAUU